AGUGCCGCACGCGCAGGAUGGCGGCCGUCUCCAUGGCGGAGCGGCGCUCUAGCCCGCCUAGACGCGUCUCGGUUGUGCGGCGCGUCGGGUAAUUGUGUCCGUGUCGGCCCCGCCCCUUCCCCGCGGCGGAGCGGAACCUGGGUGUGCGGCGCACGGAGCCGGCCGGGCGGGGAGGCCGGAGCGGGGCGAGGAUGAGCGUCAAGCAGGUUACGUGCAGGUACUACGUGCAGGGAGUGUGCCGCGAGGGAAGCAAGUGUCUGUUCUCGCACGACCUGUCCAGCAGCAAGUCCUCCACCAUCUGCAAGUAUUACCAGAAGGGGCAGUGCGCCUAUGGAGCCCGCUGCAGGUACGACCACAUCAGGCUCCCCGCCUCGGGGGGUGCAGCAGCUCCUGUGCCUCCUCCCAUGGCAUCAGCAGCGCUGCUCAGCCCUCGCCCUGCACCAGAGCGCAGUGCACCUGCAACCAAGAGCAAGCAGCGUGAGAAUGGCAAACGGGAGAAGAAAACACUUGUUCUCAGGGACAGAAACCUGUGUGGCUUGAAUGAAGAGAAGGAAAAAGCCAGUGCAACGAAUGAUGUGAUGUGUUGCAGUGACAAAAACGAUAAUGUGGAAAUGAAGCCCCAUUCAUACUUGGAAGCUAUUUGCAGUGGGCUGGAAGAUCCAGUAGCUGGAAGUUCCUUUGGUGAUGGAGAGCAGCUGUGUCCUUAUGCUGCAGCAGGAGCGUGCCACUUUGGGGACCGCUGCCUUUACCUGCAUGGGGACGUGUGUGAAAUAUGUGGGCUGCAAGUGCUUCACCCUUUUGACCAAGAACAGAGGAAAGCUCAUGAGAUGAUGUGCAUGGCAACGUUUGAGCAUGAGAUGGAGAAGGCUUUUGCCUUUCAGGCAAGUCAGGACAAAGUGUGCAGCAUCUGCAUGGAAGUGGUGUAUGAAAAGCCAUCAGCCUCAGAGAGGAGGUUUGGGAUCCUCUCCAACUGCAAUCACACAUACUGUUUGUCCUGCAUCCGGCAGUGGAGGUGUGCCAAGCAGUUUGAGAAUCCAAUCAUAAAGUCUUGCCCAGAGUGCCGUGUGAUAUCGGAGUUCGUCAUUCCCAGCGCUUAUUGGGUAGAAGACCAGGAGAAAAAAAAUGAGCUGAUUGAAGCAUUUAAGCAGGGAGUGGGGAAAAAACCCUGCAAAUACUUUGAACAAGGGAAAGGAACUUGUCCAUUUGGAGGGAAGUGUCUUUACCUUCAUGCCUAUCCAGAUGGGACACGAGCUGAACCUGAGAAACCAAGGAAACAGCUCAGCUCUGAGGGAACCGUGCGGUUCUUCAAUUCUGUUCGUCUGUGGGACUUUAUUGAAGACAGAGAAAGUAGGACUGUGACCAGUACAGAUGAUCAAGUAACAGAACUUGGAGAACUUUUCAUGCACCUUUCUGGGGCUGAGGAGGAUUCUGCUACUUCUCAAUAAAGGCAAGCGAAUGUGCUUUCUUCUGUA